AUGGGCACCAAUCCAAUGCAACAAGAAACCAACCAUGUGAUCGGUAUCUGGGAAGUGAACGAGGACCGCUUAGCCUCCAUGCACAAGAAGAUCUCAGAGCCUCCAAGACUCCUCAGCAAUGCAGCAGGCAAACCGUCUUGCUGCAUUUUCAGAAUCCCACAGAGCCUGCUCGAGAUAAACGGCAAGUCGUACAACCCCCAGAUCCUCUCAAUCGGCCCAUACCACAGAGGGGAGCCAAGCCUCAAGAUGAUCGAAGAGCACAAGUGGCGCUACUUGGGUUCCUUGCUGUCAAGAACAGAGGCCAAAGGGUUGACUUUAAACGAUUAUUUCAAGGCGUUAGAGCCACAGCAAGCUGAGGCCAGAGAAUGCUACUCAGAAAGUAUAAACCUCAGUACAGAUGAGUUCAUUGAAAUGAUGGUUCUUGAUGGUUGUUUUAUAAUUGAAUUGUUUAGGAAAUUUGGGCGCUUGGUUAAGUUUGAGGAACAUGACCCCCUUGUCAGCAUGGUUUGGAUAAUGGCAUUUUUGGUCAGGGACUUGCUUAGGCUUGAGAAUCAAAUACCCUAUUUUGUUCUUGAGGUCUUGUUUGAUCUAACAACUUUGCCAGAACAUAAAGACAAUGGGAAAACACUCUCCUUGCUUGCAUUGGAAUUCUUCAACAACAAUAUGCAGAGGCCGGACCAUGUCAUACAAAAGCACCAAAAUCUCACAGGCGUGCAUUUGCUUGACUUGUUGCGCGCAAGUGUUAUACCACCAGGCCAUGAUGAACCACAUAGAGGCAACAUUAUCCCAACACAUACCAUUCAUUGUGUUUCAAAGCUUCGCCGUGCCGGGAUCAAGCUCAGACCGGGCAAAGGUGAGAGCUUCUUGGUGGUCAAAUUCAAGCGCGGAGUCAUUGAAAUGCCCAUGAUAACCAUCGACGAUUUCUUAAGCUCCUUCCUGCUCAACUGUGUGGCCUAUGAGCAGUGCCACAAGUCAUGUUCCAAGCACAUCACCACCUAUGCAACAUUGCUGGAUUGUCUCGUGAACACAUACAAGGAUGUUGAGUACUUGUGCGACCAAAACAUCAUUGAGAAUUGCUUUGGGAACGACGGGGAGGUUGCUCAAUUUGUUAACAAUUUGGGGAAAGAUGUGGCUUUUGAUAUGGACAGAUGCUAUCUGGCUAAGUUGUUCAAUGAUGUGCACCACUAUUAUGGGAAUAGUCGGCAUGUUCAAUGGGCUAGCUUCAAGUACACUUACUUUGACACUCCAUGGUCCUGCAUAUCUGCCUUUGCUGCAUUGAUUUUGUUGAUAAUGACCUUGUUGCAGACCUUUUACACUGUUCUAGGUCAUUAUCAUACUUGA